AUGGACAACCACAGGAAACCGGCCGAGGAGGGAGACGAUCGAGGACGGCCACGGAGGACACGGUCGACGAGACACUCGAGAAACGAAAAACCGGACCAGGAUGCUGCGUGUGAGGCCGCCGAAGGGGAGUCGUCGAGGCUUUCCUGGAUGUCGACGGGCCUUCUAUCGAGACAGACCUCUAAUACUCUGACUCGCCAGAAGAGUAUCCCCAACGACAGUCGGCCGGAGGAACGUCGAAGCUUUGCUCAGAAGUUUCACCUCUUCCCGUACCGCCCACACUCGUCCAACACUUCUCGUGACUCCUCGACUAACACAUCCUCAAGCUCUCUACCUUCGCUAGUUGAUCCGGCUAGCGGUGAGGCAGGCACUCACCAAAGCUCGAUAUCAAGCUCAAUCUCAGCUUCGGACCCCUUCGCACAGUCUGCAAUCACUCCCAAGCAAUCCGCCGAGACCAGCAACGUCCCUCCCUUGAGCCCGCUGACCGAAAUACCCAUGGUCGCUCCCCGUGCCACAAUUCGCGGUCCAUCUCACGACCUCCCCGUCUACCCAAACCAAUCGUAUGCCAUGCUGCAGCAGCAGAUACACCCUACUCCCUACAGAUCACCGACCCUGCGCACUCGGAGCUCCUAUCCUUCACACUCCGAUUUCGCUUUCCCACAACAAGUCACUCCCUGGGUGCGGGAACAGAAUGCAUCACCAAACUCACGCACCGCCGGCAACACACCCAUAUCUAGCCCCGGACUCUUCUCUACACGGACACCACGCACAUCCCCUUCCAUCGGGUCCGAGGAUGGACACCCUGGUGUACACUUGCACCGGACACAUAUGCAGGAACCAAAAGAAACUCAUACCGUUGAAGUGGAUCGCCACGAACUCACCGGAAAUAAAUUAAUAAACGAGUAUGAGAUUCUCGAGGAGCUUGGGCGCGGUGAGCACGGUAAAGUCAAACUAGGUCGCCACCUGAAGACUGGCCAGUCCGUCGCCAUCAAGAUUGUGCAACGAUACUCCAAGCGUCGUCGUCUCGGCAAACUAGGAAACCCCGAAGACAAAGUCAAGAAAGAGGUCGCUAUCCUCAAGAAAGCACGCCACCCCAACGUCGUAAGCCUGCUCGAAGUCAUCGAUGACCCGAACCAGCAAAAAGUUUACAUCGUCUUGGAAUACAUCGAGAACGGCGAGAUAUCAUGGCGAAAGAAAGGGCUGAAAGAGAUCGUUUUGGUUGAUAAACAGAGACUUGACCGUGAAAAACGAGGUAUUCCCGAUUCUCUUUCUUUCGUCGAGAAUAGUCACCAGUUUGUCCAUAAUACUCAAUUGCGUCGACGGCAUAUAGAAGCUCUGCGUCAACGCCAAAAGGCCAAAGGCAUGCAGAACAUCGGCAUUUCGGGCUGGAGCUUGGAGCAUGGCGGGGAAUCGGACAACGAGCUUGAUCCCGAAUACCCACCGAUCUUCAAGUUCCCCACGGCCUCGUCGGCGCAUUCGCAAGAUACCCCUGAGUUUCAGAUAUCUCCCCAACACUCGCUCAUCUCCACAGGUGAGUUUGACAGGCGGAUGCGAGAGAUCGCCGGUAAAACCGGCGACAGCAGUUUGUACAACGGAUACGCUUCGGACCCAAUGUUCGCCCGUCGGUACAGCAAUGCGUCUAGCCAUCUGGCCUUCCAAACUGAAUCAGACUGGCUGUCCGAUGACGAUGAUAUGGGUUACGUGCCCUGCCUAACCCUUAGUGAAGCCCGCACUGCCUUCCGGGACGCUGUCCUGGGGCUUGAGUACCUACAUUAUCAAGGUAUCAUCCAUCGAGAUAUCAAGCCUGCCAACUUGCUCGUUACAGGUAACCAUCGAGUCAAGAUAUCCGACUUUGGAGUAUCAUACCUUGGACGUCCCAUCAGAGACGAGGAUGAAGAGCAAGUCACCGAAACCGAUGCCACGGAAUUAGAUGACGCCCGAGAGUUAUCCAAGACCGUCGGGACGCCGGCUUUCUAUGCCCCAGAGCUCUGCUAUACAGGAGCCGAAUGCGAAUCCACCGUAGGCAAGGACCCAAAGAUCACAGGUGCAAUCGACGUCUGGGCGCUCGGCGUGACUCUCUAUGGGAUGAUCUAUGGCAGGCUACCCUUCGUCGCUGAUGACGAGUUUAGCCUGUUCCAAAACAUUGUCAGGCACGACGUCUUCAUCCCCAGCAAGAGAUUAAAGGCGGUGGUGGCUGACGAUCCGGUAUCUGGCCACUCACACACUCAAAGGUCACCGUCUUUGAGUAGUGAUAAGCGCGCCGAAGGCGAACUUGCCUAUGAAGUCGUCGACGAGGAGUUGCACGAUCUUCUCUUUCGUCUGCUAAUCAAGGACCCGACGAAACGGAUUACCCUGAAGGAGAUCAAGCAUCAUCCAUGGAUUGUCAGAGAUAUUCCAGAACCAAAGGCUUGGAUCGAAGACACCGAUCCUGGAUACCAGAGCAAGGGCAAGCGAAUUGAGGUUUCCAACGACGAUGUUAUUCGUGCCGUCACUAAGAUGCCGUUCAUCGAACGGGUACGAUCCAACGUCGUCAAAUGGAGCGGUACGAUAUUUGGUCGCAGGCGUGCGCCUAGCUCUGCCGCUUCCAUCGAUACCGCACAGUCUGUCUCAUCGAGCAGCAGCUUGACGAUUGGCAAGGAUAUCAUCCGAGAGCUGAGAAGGACUAGCUUACGAGGCGAUGAAGAGAUUACUCGAACCCCCAAAGCAAACCGGGAAGGCGAACAUCCGCUAUCACAAAGCUUGGUGGUUAGUCCCGACCUAGAUGAUAUAAAGCACCCGGAUUACUUUGGCCGUGUAGCUACGUCAAGAACUGCACCGACUUCUGUAAACUGCUCUCCUACCCAGGAACCUCGUCCCGACUUACCUGGACGCACCAUCUCCACGCUCUCCAGCGCCGGCUCGAUAAAGACUAUCCGCCCAACAAACCUGGAAAUGUCACUCCGUAAUGAUACCCCUGCUGCAGCGAUUAGAAGCGAGUCUUUUAAUUCAUCGACUGGCGGGAUGAGUAUAUUCGGAGGAGCUAGGAACAGGCUCGUCAAGAGUUUACAGCUUCGGGAUAAACGCCAUGAUAGCACCCCAUCGUCAGACCAUGUCUCCUUUGAUGGGGAUUGCCAUUCAACGCCCAGCGUCGCUGUAUCCUCUGCAUCGGCUACCGGACUAGUCAAUCCGCCCGACCUCGCUCAUAAAUCUACCUCGCCAACCCCUCACGCAUCGCCUCCAAAGUUCACCAUUCACAGGCGGAGCAAGUCUCACCAGCUUCGACAAGACGCAAAUAUAGCCGGACCGCCGCCUGCCCCUUUCCAUCGCGAUUUUCUUUUCCGUAACCCCGAGUCAACACCCCAUCUAGGUCAUGACAACGCAACGAUCGUCAAUGUAGACAAAGACGACUACCGAAUCCACGCCUCCCCAGAGCAUUAUCUCAAUACUCUGGAGCCAGAGAGCUAUGACGAUGACCCGUUCAAGUGCCAGCCGAUUGCAAGACCAAUCACCUCCCCUCCGUCAGCAAUCACCAUGUCCUCGUCGUCGAUGGAUGAUUAUAAUAGCGAGAUGUCUCAUUGCGCAUCACACCCUAGCAUCCCAUCCGUCGUAUCUGGCGCCUCCUCGCUAUCCGCGGAUGGCUUCAGUACGUAUCUCGUGAAUCGUGAAUAUGAGAAGAGGAAUGGGAAGGCCCCCGGCACAUGUACAUGUCCGGACGUCCACCCUAUGCUUCGAACGGGCGAUACUGUUACGGAUGAUUCUACGACGAGGACAGUUACCGGCGAUAAAGCGCGAGCUCCUGCUCCUAUCGUCGUGGCGACUAAUGAUGAUGACCAAAGAUAUCACGGUGAUGACGAGGAUGAGGACGACGACUCUAGUGACGAGGGCAUUACGUUCGGCAGACGCAAGUCUACUGCAUGA